AUGCCGCACAAACUGCGCAGAAACGUGCAACUGCGAAGGCAGGUUGAAAAUCCCAACGCAGCUGCAGAAUCAAUCUAUGAUCGGAGUCGCUACCCAUCUUGCCGAUUUGCUAAUUGUCAGAGUGAGCAAUAUGAAAAUAACUGGCUGGAACACGAGAAUCUAUUCCAAUUUGAACAGUCUCGAAACGAGCAACAAUUCUCGACCUACAUAAUGCAUUACGAAAGUCGAUAUCGAAAUAUCUAUAUGUAUCCGGUCGCCAGUCUAAAUGCACUUGACGGACAUUUGGAACGACUGCAGGAGGAGGAACGUGAGCGUCAACGGCAGCAUCCCGAAGAAAUAGAAACCAAUUUCUACAUCCCAGUGGUAAAAAACAAUUAUGGACAAUACCAGUACCUGAUAACUGACAAUGAAACAGUGUGGCAGUUCAUUAACAAUUUAACUCAAAGCGGCCACUGGGCCGAGCCGAGAAACCGAGUAAUGUGGAGUGCAUUGGAACGUCAGUACUUUGUAGCUCUGCGUCAUGCGUCAAGGGCUGCUAUGAGCCAUAAUGUCAGACGUCUGAAUGCCCAACCUUCGCAAACGCCUUCGCCCACACAGCCUGCCGGGCAACUGACAAUAAAUGUUGCUGUGCUAAUGUUACCAAAUGAACUGACGCUCCUUUCCAGGAACAAUGGCUCUGGUGCGAUAAAUGCGGCUAUAUAUCGGAGAAUUCAGCGCAUUCGAGCCAAGGCCGGUGUGAAUGCACAAUCGCCCUUCCCCACCUCACCUCAUGUCUUUUCAAGCCGCCCUCUGUCGACACUGAAAAUCACGACUGGUGGCUAG